AUGAGCGACAAUUUGUUGAACGGUGGUGGCGGUGGCGGCGGCGCUUCGACGGUCUCCCAGUUCCAAGAAAAAGUGAAAGAUCUCGGCGUCUCCCUGCACGACUUCACCGCCUAUUACCCGAGCUCUUUGGAUGUUUCCGCAUCGCUUCGACCGAUUUCCGAUCCGUCAGAUGGGGCAUUCAAAAAGAUUAAAUCCGAGGGCAUCGGCGGUGGUGGAUCGGUUUUUGGAUCGUCGAUUGCCGGGGUCACGAAUACGCCAGCGAGGCGGAGACAUCGGACGACGUUCACCCAGGAGCAACUUCAGGAGUUGGACGCCGCGUUUCAAAAGAGUCAUUAUCCGGAUAUCUAUGUUAGGGAGGAGUUGGCCAGGAUCACCAAGUUGAAUGAGGCGAGAAUUCAGGUGUGGUUCCAAAAUCGGCGUGCCAAGCAUCGAAAACACGAGAAGCAAUUGAAUAAGACAAUCAAUCCGCAACACUCAUUUCUGGCGAAUCCCGCCAACACACUGAUGCGACAAGGCAUGUAUUCGAGCGCACUGAAUCGAGACGGAUUCUGGUAUCAAUCGUACCAACGUCCGAUGCCUUACCCCACAGCGUCGCCGAGCUACUCGAAUUCCUUCACCAAUCCUAUUGCUAAUUUCGGCCACUCAAUAGCGUCAUUCCCGGCGGACGAUGAAUUCUAUCAGAAGCAUCUGGCACUCAGAAUGUCGACGACGCCGUCAGCCGCCGCUACAGCUACCUCACUGGCCAAUAUCAAUUAUCAGCAGCAGCCACAACAGAAUGAUAGCAGUGCGAACCCGCCGUCGAUUUAG